AUGCGCCGGUCUCUAAUUCCCAACCCACCACGCCCAUACUUCUUCCCUCUCAGCGCAAUUCUCCAACCAGCCUCCUUCCACACUCCUCACAGUGUCCGCGCCCAAUUCUCCAGCAACUCUGACCGAACCCAACAACAACAGUCAACCUCCGAACCCCGCUCAUCCCGCUCCUCAGAUGUCAAAGGCCACAAAUUCCAGGAAUGGAAGGGCUCCUCCACGGAAGACCACGCCGUCAAUCGCGCCGCCAAAAACGACAUUACAGACCCCGAGGUUGAGGGCGUAGCAACUGGCAGAGCAGAGAAGCAGCGAAAUUCAGGCAUUGCGGAUUCUGCGAUGAGUGGUGCUACGACGGAGAGAGAUUUGGGACAGAAUGCGAAGAGGGCGAAGGAGGAGCAUCCCAAGAGUCCGGAGCCGAUUAUUGGGAUGAAUGAUGAGAGGGGGGAGGUUAGUUUUCUUACCUAG